GCGCAUGCUCUCACGACACCGUCAUAGCAUCAUAGACAGUAAAAUAGCUUAGGCUUUAGAAACAUGGCGGCUGCAAUGGAUGUUGAUACUCCCAGCGGAACAAAUAGUGGAGCUAGCAAAAAACGUUUUGAAGUUAAAAAGUGGAACGCCGUUGCACUGUGGGCCUGGGACAUUGUAGUAGACAACUGUGCUAUUUGCAGGAAUCACAUCAUGGAUCUCUGCAUUGAGUGCCAGGCAAAUCAGGCCUCAGCGACAUCAGAAGAGUGCACGGUAGCGUGGGGUGUCUGCAAUCAUGCUUUCCAUUUCCACUGCAUUUCUCGUUGGUUGAAGACCAGGCAGGUCUGCCCUCUUGAUAACAGAGAGUGGGAGUUCCAAAAGUAUGGACAUUAGAUGUGCAAGUUUGGAGCAUGAUUUAGGUUUGAAAUGUAGACCUAGUGGCCUCUCUGUGACUUCUGUAACCUUGCUUCUUGGAUAGCACUCUUUUAUUUUGAAAUGGGUGUACAAUGUAGUGAUCUAAUGAAAGUGUGUUCAUCUUCUCUUUUACUGCUUCUUUUUCAUUGUUUUAGUUUACAUUUGCAAUGAUGUAAAUUCCAAAUAAAGCAGAUUUCCUGUCCAGUA